AUGAGCUACAUGUUCCGGUUGUUGAUGCUCUUGCAUCUCGCGGGCUUCAGCUUUGCCCUCCCUUCGAGCAUCGAAGUCGAUCUUAUCUUCCCUCGAAACGACACCGUGUAUAAGCCUGUGUGGCCAUUUCCCAUUGUUUUUGCCGUUCGCAAUGCCUCGCAGCUCUGGCAAUCUGACGACGAGUUUUUUACCUUCUGGGUUAAGUGGGAACUCACGGGCUACACCGACAUCAACAGUUCGGAUACCUCGUUACUGUUCACAUCCGGCGUGUGGAAGACGGGAAAGAAUGCAACCACCGACAGCACCCUCACGGUCAUUGAUGCCUCCCGUAGGAAUUUGGUCAACGCAACACAACGACAGUUCAAGCUGAAGUACACAACGACGAUGUUUUCUGGCUGUCCCCUUAACGUUACGAGCGCGGGCGUGGAUUCGAAACCGCGAGGUGUAUCGUACGACGGAGAAGUGUUGUUCAUGACCGACCCCGACGCCGGACAAAUCCCUUCCAUCGCCGACCCGGAAGACUGCCCGGCUUUCGUCGGAAGCUUUGAAGUCACUGAUGCUCGACAACAUUGGGGCUCCAUCUGCCCCGUGGUCUCCCAAAAAUCGCCGCCUUCGCAAGCGUGCGGUCUGAAGAUGGACGAGGCUCUGGCGAACAAAGUCAGCGAGGCCAUGCUUGACCGCGCCAACUGCCCGCGUGGGACCUGGCCUGACCCUGAAGGAAAGCUUUCGAAGAAUUUUUGCAAUGCGGCAGGCGCCAACUCGGGCGCCAAGGUACUCGGCGUUCCUGACACGACAGUCUCGGCACUCGUGUUGAUCUUGGCCUUGUCUUGGGCAUUAGUCUGA